AUGCUGCUAUUGAAAAAAACAAAACAAGAAUUCACUGAAACGACAGAUUUUUUGCAGUCAGAAAAUAAAGAUAUAAAAGCUUCCCUAUCUGUUGUUGAAACUCACAUCAGCGAGCUAGAGAAAGAAAAUUGCAAUUAUCUGAAAAAUAUCACGUAUUUGCAGAAUCGCUUGGAGUCUAUGGAAAAAGUUUCGCGAAGCCACAAUGUUGAAAUACAGGCCGUCCCUGAAAAACGUAAUGAAAACGUACUUGCCAUAGUAAAAAACCUUUAUAAGAUCAUAAGCUUACAAAUCAAUGACGAUGAAAUCAGCGCUUGUCGUAGAGUUGCUAAGUUACCAUCUACUUCUGCAAGCCGUCCACGCAAUAUUCUAGUGAGCCUUCCGACUAUUCGUCACAGAGACAAUUUAAUUUCAGCAGUGAAACGUUUUAACAAAGCCAACCCAAAGGAACGGAUAAGUUCAGUGCAUCUUGGUGUAGCUGGCGAAAGAUCCUUGAUAUACGUAACCGAGCACCUGUCACCCGAGUGCAAGGAACUCCACUCGGCUACUCGAAUAACACUACGGGAUCAAUACAAAUACAUAUGGGCUAAAUAUGGCAAUGUAUACAUCAGAAAAGAUGAUACGUCAUCGGUUAUACAUGUAAAGAAUAAGGAUUUCCUAUCGAAGUUGUCAUCCUAA